UGUGGAUGAAAAUGAGAUCAAUAUUGAAGUUUUUUUUUUUUUACUAUAAAAGGAAACUUUUAAUGCAGCCUUCGGAUGCGACCUUCUGUCAUGGGAAUCUGGAGGAUGCAUGAGGUGUAUCCUUCAUGGGCACUCACAACCCACAAUUAUUUUCUUCAACGGAAAUGUCUAAAAACAAAAUGUAUGCCAAUUUGCCAUAUAUAUGAUGUUCAGAUGCAAGGAAUGUUUAUUCCCAAAUUGAAGUACAUCAGUAGAUGGGUGUGGAGUAUAUAAUAUAUAUAAUUAUAUUAAUAUACAAUUAAAAUAAAGUAUUAGACUAAAAGUACACCUGUUAAUCUAUUUUCUAUUUACAUCAUUAUAACUCUCCUAAAUGUUACCUCAUACAUUCCUUUCUAAAGGGACUUUGUUCCCUUCUCACUCAAAGCUCUCGCGCUUAAAGAAUGGUGUGCUGUCAUAACCAGAUUACGUUCCAUUUACGAAGGCCGUCUCUUUUCAACGAGGCUUGUUUAAAGGAGGUAUACUGCAGCCUUCAAAGGAUGCAUCCUUCCAAACGAGACACAGCCAUAGUAAAAAAGGAUUUAAAUAUUGAUCUGUUUCUCGCCCUCACUUAUAAUAUCACCUCUGAAGACAUGGAUUUAACCACUGCAGUCAUAAGGAUUACUUAUGCAGCCUUUGUGCUUUUUGGAGCUUCAAAGUUCUGGUCACCAUUCACUUGCAUUGUGAGAUAUUCAAGAGCUGAGAUAUUCUUCCAAAAAUCUUCGUUUAUCUUUAGCAGAUGAAAAUCAUACACAUCUCGGGUGGCAUGAGGGUAAGUAAAUGAUGAUAAUUUUCACUUUUUGGUGAACUAUCCCUUUAACAACACUGACAUUGCCAGAAAAAAAUAUUUUGCAUAAACUUAACGUUACAUGUUUUGUUUUUUCUAAGAAGUUAACAUAUGAUUCACAAAUUGUGAAAAUCUGGUUUACAGAGAGCACAUUUAUCUUGUGUAUAUGGAAAUUGCCAAGUAUAAUUAAUUUCAGCGACGUUGGUGUAACAAGACAAAAGUCAGAGACAAAAACACUCACAUAUACAGGUUCUUUACUGGACCAUUAUUUUGCUUGGGCAUCAGUAACAAAGAAAAACGCUUCACCACCUCAUACUUAGUUCAGUAAAAUAUAACAAUUUUACUUAUACAAAAAAAUCUUACAUAAAAACACUGUAGGGAGCAGCAGGUCGAUAACCAUCAUAACAGUAGGCCUACAUGUGUGAGAUAUUAAACUUUGUUUACUUGGUAAGAUAAUAAACAAUAAAUAUACAAGCUUUUAAACUGUAAGCACAUCAACACAGAUUAAUAUUCAGCCAAGGUUUCAAGGACCUUUUGUCCCACAUUCAUUAAAUGAAUGACUCAUGUGAAUCCCCAAUACACAGCAAAUCAAUACAUAUCAAACACACACAAAUUCAUAAAUACGUUACAAUAAAUACACACCAAAACAAAAUAUCAAAAGUAAAUACAAUUGAUACCAAUCAAGCAAACUACAUAACUGCUGUCAAUUAGCUACAGUAACUGAGGCAUGGAAAUGAGGAAAAUAACCUGCCCUCAUACCCCGACUCAAUCACACGCACACCCACAUGCAAGCGCGGGGGGGGGGGUCACUAGUCAUACCCACAAUUAGACCCUGCCCCCCGGCAAAAAGGAACCAAACAAAACAAACACAUAGUUCAUAGACUUAAAUACGGACUGCUGGCCUCCUCAUCUGCUACCGGGCGUGGGUACCUUGCUCGGAGAAACAUCAAGUGCUGCCAACUACUUUCAAUGAAAAGUAGCUAAAACCUGCUUAAACAAAUAGUCGCUAGAUGACGUCAUGCGUUAAUUAGAAAAUUCGUGACGUCUUCACGUCAUAUUUAGCCUACAUUCUGCCUUGUGUCAGCCCUUUACAUCUGUUUGCUUCUCAAUACAGCUGAAUUCCCACUAAAGCUGUUCUGAUGUACAUAUUUGUUCUGUUGUCAGACAAUGGAACGAGUAUGAAAUAGUGACUGAAACGACACCCAUUACUAUGUUAACCAGUAUUCACUUACAAGCAAUUUCCAAGCUGCUGCUCUGCACUGAUAACAUCUUGCUAUAAAACUUUGCCUUUACAACGGCUGUGAUGUGAUUUCGGCUAUAUUUACAUGUAAAAUGAUAACUCCGAGAGAAAGUUAGAAGUUACCAAAUUCUCACACACUGCACAGCCUCCGUCUGUGAAGAAAAAUAAUGGUUAAAUUGAAUUGUUUAAAUUAAAACAGAGGAGGAGCAUGGUAUUAACCAUGACUAAUAACAACGACUGCAGUAACCAUGUUUUUUUUUUGUUUGUUUGUUUUUGGCAAUAGCCAAGGUUUUGAUCAAUUUAACAAUGGUUUUGCUCUAGCAUUACUGAAGUACCCACAUUGUAUCUUGGUUUUAGUGAUAGUAACCAUAUAAUAAUAUCCAUGGUUAAUUUUGUGGUUUUAAAUGUGGAUAUACUUACUCAUUUUUAAAACGUUAACAAAGCAGCCUAAUCAUUUCUGCUUAUGUCUAUCAAUAUAAUAAAAAAAAUGUAAGCAAUAAUUGAAGUUACUAAUUUUAUCCAAAUAAUUCAUAAAAAUGUAAUUUAUUAUCGGUAUCGGAAAAGAAAAUAAGUGGUAACGUACAUCCCUAUUCCCCGAAAAAUGAGACGGUGGAAACGCCGCAAACACUGACAUUGUCCCUCCUCCUAGUUGGAUUCAACGGCUUACAUUGGUUCUCGCUGAUCAUCGAUGACUGGAGGAUUACGUCAUUAUCAUCCAGCAGUAUAAACGUUUCUGAUUGGCUGUUGUUGCCGGUGACCUGGCAACCGAGAGAGGGAUUACAGACGCUUAUUUGUUCCGCUGGGUCUUCAGCUUUAAUUGACGCACAGAUCGCGUACUCAUAUUGACAACCUGCGAUUCCAUCGACACUAGCUGCUCUUCCUCCAUCGGUAGAGAGGAUGUCGACGAGAACGCUGCCUCUGCUCUUCAUUAAUCUGGGUGGAGAAAUGCUGUACAUACUGGAUCAGCGACUGCGGGCUCAGAAUAUCCCAGCAGAUAAAGCCAAGAAAGGUAGACAGCAGCUAAUAUACAAGGGAGAUCACAAUGGGAGAUGAAGCCUGUCUGAUAUAGAGAUCUAGAUAAUGAUAUGUUGAAACGAAUGCAUAGAUCAUAGGGUGGUCUUUUAAGGGAAGCAUUUGGAUCUUCUGCUGUACACAAUUAGCCAGUUAGCCUAUGUGUUUGAAUACAGUGGUGCUCAGGCCCAGUUUAGUUACAAGCUAGGAAACAGUCAGUAAAGAAGGCUUGUCAUUUUUGUGUUUCUAUGCCUUGCCAGUACAGUAAAUGGAAUGAAUAAUAAUAAUAAUGCCUCAAACGUCUAAUCAUCCUUGGAGACCUACAGUGCACACAAAAAGUGUUUGGACACUUAAGUCACACUUUAAAAUGUAUGAAUGUCAUUGCAUUAGGUAAGACAAAGAUAGCACACUUUUCAUGCAAAACAAUAAAAAGACAAGUUUCUUAGGCCUUAGAUAAUAAAACAUCAGAUAUAGGCUACUGUUCAAAAUUAAGACUAAAAGGUAAGAAUUGUUUGUUGUCAAACUUAGACUUAGGGUUCUCCUGCAGAUGACAGCUGUGAUGUAUAAAGCUGAUGCUGUAUAAUUAAGUCAAUUUCCUCCUAGGAUCACUUUCAAUAUCAUCUUUUUGAUUUGCAAUCUCUGAAGCCACUGUAGCAGAUUGGCUAGAGGAGGACAGGAAAAGAGGUAUUGUUAAUAUUCUGCUUGCUUUGCUGCUGGCCGUAGAACAAAGUAGCGUGAGUGUUUACAUGUAGCUCUCAGGCUCACUUGCCCUGAGAAGAUGGAGAUGGGAUUUCGUGGAAGAAUAAGAACCCCCGAAAUUCAGGCAGCUUUUUGUUUAAAUGCUGUGGUAUAACCUAAGUCCUCCAUGUGGCAAAAUUUGUUUGUUGCCAUCCACAGUCAACAUGCGAUGGCAGUUUCCAGCUCACUGCUCUUAAUCACCUGCCAAGACAAUAAAAGUUUAUUUUUGAUUCUAUUUAUUUUAUUUUCCUAUGCAGUACAGCUUACUACAGUCUGCAUUCUGCUUGCUUGGUUUUCACUUUUGGAAUUGCACAGAAUUGCUUCUGACCUACUUACUACAAUGGUUCCUGUGUUUUGUAUUAUGAUAGUUAUGAAUGAUAUCAUUACCACCAUGUUCAAUAAGAAGUUCCUGGAGGAGCUGUUCAAUCCACAAGAGCUGUAUUCCAAGAAAGCCUUGAGGACGGUGUUUGAUCGACUGGCUCACGCUUCAAUCAUGCGACUCAACCAAGCUAGUAUGGACAAGCUUUAUGACCUGAUGACCAUGGCAUUUAAGUAUCAAGUCCUGCUGUGUCCUCGUCCUAAAGAUAUCCUCCUUGUGUCCUUCAACCACAUGGAUGCCAUCAGAGACUUUGUGAAGGACACUCCCAGCAUCCUGAGCCAAGUGGAUGAAACAAACAGACAACUCAUAGAGAUAUAUACCCCAUUAUCUGGUGGAGAGUUUCAACUAAUUAGACAAACACUCCUCAUCUUCUUUCAAGAUAUGCAUAUAAGAGUAUCAAUUUUCCUAAAAGACAAAGUGCAGAACUCCAAUGGACGAUUUGCCCUCCCCACUUCAGGGCCUGUUCCUUAUGGGACACACUCCCCGGGACUCAUCAGGAUGUUUAGAUGUACUGGUGAGGAGGUGAAAAGUUUGCAGUUCCGUGACGGUGGCAAUUACAACAGUGCUCUCCGUGAAGGUUCUUUUGAAAUGUAUGGUGAUCGAGUCAUCAAACUGGGCACAAACAUGUACAGUGUGAGUCGCCCUGUUGAGACACACAUGUCUGGAACCUCCAAAAACUCCUCACAGAACACUAAGGUCAACACAACUCCAAAUCCUCUAGCAAAAGAAGAAUUAAACCUCCUUGCUAGACUGAUGGGAGGUUUGGAAGUACAGAAACCAGCCAGUACAGACUCUGGCUUCCGUGUCAACCUUUUCGCCACUGACGAGGAGGAAGAGGAAGCUUUGAUAUCAAGACCGGAUGACCUUUCUUAUGAAGUUAUUAAUAUCCAAGCAACAAAGGACAAACAGACUAAUGCUGAGCUGGCUAAAAUCAUGGGGGAGUUUGGGGAGGCGGUAGAGGCCGCCUCCAGUUCCAGCAGCAAGGGUGAUGACCUCCUGGCCAUGAUGGACGGUCUGUGACUUAGACUUGAUGUUGACUUGAUGUUCCCUUUGGCUGAGGGCAGGGUUUAAACGGGAUAACGUGCUACAAUGUGCACUGUCUUACUCAGCAAAGAAGCCUUUUUUCUCUACAGUGGCAACAGGUACCUUUAACAUGCGCAUUUGAAGUUAACAUUAAAAUGACAGCUAAGCUCAAGAGAUUCUCUUUGUGAAUUUCAUGCAAGUUUUCGUCUCCUGCUACCAAAUGCAAAUAAAUGCAAAUAGCAGAUGUAGAAAUUCAACAUGCGUCUUGCUGUGGGACCACAUUCUCUUUUUCAUAAUCAGUUUGUGGAGGCGUUGCUGUCCAUAUCAUCAUGUAGACUAUAUCUUCACUGUAGUGUCAGUCAGAAUGUGAGGCCUCUGUGAGGAUUUGAUGCUACAGACACGUCUGUGACAUUUCCAUCACUGAAAAGAAUGAUACGCUUUUUCAUGAACUGUAUUAGUUGUCUAAAAGGACAAUCUGUGCAAAUGGAAUUCUUUUAAAUAUUUAGUUUGAUGUGCUACUGAGAGGUGCAGGAUAUGCUUUUCAAAUAAGCUAUAUUUGUGGUGUAUCCAAACAACAAGCACUGCUUAAAGGGAAAGCUCACCCAAAAUUUUAAUUCUGUCAUUAUUUACUCAACCUGACGUUGUUUCAAACCCAUACAACUUUCUUUCUUCAGGGGAACACAAAAGGAGAUGUUUGGCAGAAUGCCUCAGUUACCAUUCACUUUCACUGUAUGGACAAAAAUGCAUUAAAAGUAAAUGGUGGAACAUAUUCUGUUUUGCUUCACUGAAGACAGUAAGUCAUAUAGGGUUGGAACAACAUGAGGAGAGUAAAUAAUAACAGAAUUUUCAUUUUUGUAUAAACUAUACCUUUAAGACUUUGGAGGUUAUUGGAGGAAACCGAAGUGCACUUGCAGUGGAUAUUUAGCACACAUCUCAAAACUGGUUUACAGGAAGCCCCAGGACAACUGAUGUAUGUUUGUUUGUCAUUAUUUAUAGGGAGGCAAAUAAAAAUGCAACAAUGUCAAGAAAUUGUCACAAUUCAAAUACAAUGUUGUAAUUUUAGAAUGUGCAAUUAUUGCAUAAUGUAAAGGGAAAAUGUAUACAUGACUGCCACCUUCCAUGGAAAGAAAGAAAACAAUGCAAUAUGUGUGGUGGGUGAAAUUGUUUAUAUUUUUCACAAGCAUAAUAGAGUUUAUUUAUUAAAGUGAAUGUACUGUAAAUCAAAGUUUAGUUGUGUGUGUUU